AUGGCUGCUGCAAACUACCUCCAAUCUGAAGAUCAGUUUCUGUGCUCCAUCUGUCUGGAUGUGUUCACUGAUCCUGUGACUACAUCAUGUGGUCACAACUUCUGCAAAAACUGCAUCACUGAUCACUGGAAUACUAAUGACCAGUACCUGUGUCCCCUGUACCACAAGAUGCAUGAUGUUGUUCCUCUAAAAGAAGGAUAUGAAGGAAAGAAGGCAGAGUUGGGGAAGACAGAGGCUGAAAUUCAGCAGAUGAUCCAGAAGAGACAACUGAAGAUUGAGAAGGUCAAAUACUUAGUCGACCUCAGUGAGGAAUGUGCAGACCUAGAGCUAGCAGACGGUGUUCAGUUCUUCACUUCCCUGAAGGAGUCUGCUGAGAGAGGCCAGGCCAAUCUCAUCAAAACAAUAGAAGAGAAGCAGAAAAUAACAAAAAGAAAGGCUGAAGCUUUCGUCAAAGAGCUGGAACAAGACAUCUCCGAGCUGAAAAAGAGAAGAACAGAGGUGGAGCAGCUCUCACGCUCUGAAGAUCCCCUCCAUCUUCUCCAGAGUGUCCAGUCCCUAAACACCAACCACCCUCCACCCACCAAGGACUUGACAGAAGUCGGCUUUUCGUCACCGUCAUAUGAAGGGAUUGCAGUGAGAGCUAUGGCAAAUCUCGAGGAGACCCUCGGUGAAAAAACUAUCGGGCUGCUCCAAACAGAGCAGUGGAGGGUCCAGCUGUGUGCAGUGGAUGUGACUCUUGAUCCUGAUACAGCACAUCCAGAUCUCUUCCUGUCUGAUGAUGGGAAACAAGUGAGUAAUAGUGAUCUAAAGAAGAAUGUUCCAGACAACCCAAAGAGAUUUGAUGAUUGUAAUUGUGUUUUAGGAAAGCAGAGUUUCUCUUCAGGCAGCUUUUACUUUGAGGUUCAAGUUAAAGGAAAGAUUGAUUGGAUUUUAGGAGUGGUCAGAGAGUCGAUCAACAGGAAGGGAGAAAUCGCACUGAGUCCUGAGGGUGGUUACUGGACGAUAUGGUUGAGAAAUGUAAAUCAGUACUACGCUCUUGAUGACCCUGAUGUCCGUCUCUGUCGGAAGUCUCGGCCUCAGACGUCCUGGUGA